GGUUGCAAGACUGUUCCCCGCUCUCGUCACCUCAUAGGACUGUUCCCCGCUUUCCGGCGGACGCCCAAGGCGUGCGGUGUCCCGCGGGCGGCGCCGUGGUCGGGAGCAGCCACGGGGAGCUGCGCGAGAUGUACGGCACAAUCGUGCACGCGGUCGUGCCCUUCUACCGCCCUGGAGAGCUUGAGGGGGACGGGCGCCGGGGCACGCGGUGCAGAGAUGCCUGACGCGAGUUUCGCGCUCAAGGCGGCAGCGGAGGCGGUUGUCUCGUGGCAGGGACUCGUGGCGGGUGGCUGUCGUCUCACGGCACGCUUUGGGGUGCAGACGAGCACCCUAGCGCACGCGCUGGCGGAGGCGAUCGAGGAGGCGAUGCACCGCGCCGAGCGGCGGAGCGAGAUGGGUCAUGGAUUUGAGGCGGCCCGGCGGUCCAAGAGGGAGCCCUCGUUUGUGGAGGACCGCGCGGCCGUUGGCUGAACGCACGCCGCGCCAGUCUCGAGUCUGAAGCCGUCGUCUGCCACAACGCAAGAGGGCGAUACCACUUGGAUGUUAGGUGUUUCGUACCUAUCAAUCGAUCAAAUCGU